AUGGCUCCUACCCUCCGGCUGCCCUGCUUCCGGCCCACCGCCAGCGACGACGGGCUCCCCUCGGUCUCCGCCUCCGUCAUCGUCGCCGGCACCGCGAGCGGCUACCACGUGCUCCGGGUCCAGGGCUACUCGCUCACCAAGUCCGCCCUACCCAACGGCAAGCACAUCCUGUCCCGCCCCUUCCGCGUCGCCGGCCGUACCUGGGCUAUCAAGUACUUCCCCAACGGCUCCCUCCCGGAGACUGCCGACUACAUCUCCCUCUUCCUCGUCCUCAACGACCCCGCCGCCGACGCCGUCGUGGCGCGGUUCGAGAUCAGCUUCGUGGACCAGGUGGAGAAGCAAGACCCAUCCUACAUAGCCACCUUCAUGGCGCACAGGUUCCUCAGCAAAAAUACCAAAGAUGGUGGGUGGGGGUACAAGAAAUUCAUCAAGAGGGAGACCCUGGAAAAAUCGGGCCGUCUCAAGGACGACUGCUUCACGGUCAGGUGCGACGUGCUCGUCGCCAGAGAGCUCAGCACGGAGGACGCCAUGGUUCCGGCGGCCGCUCCUCCCUUCGUCGUGGUGCCGCCGCCAGACUCGCCGCAGCACUUCCGCGCACUCCUCCUAGGAGGAAAGAGUGCCGAUGUGAGGUUUCUCGUCGGAAGCGAGGUGUUUGCCGCGCACCGGUGCGUGCUCGCGGGGGCGCGGUCGCCUGUCUUCGACGCGCUCCUUUUUGGCCCCAUGAAAGAAGGCACCGCCACGGACACGGAGAGCUGCGUACGGAUUGAUGGCAUGCUGCCCCAGGUGUUCCAGAGCUUGCUGCAUUUCAUCUACACCGACUCGCUGCCAGAGACACAAGCGCAUGAUGACGAUGAGGCCGGCGCCACGAUGGCGCAGCAUUUGCUAGAAGCUGCGGACAGGUAUGACCUGCAGAGGCUCAAGCUGAUGUGCGAGGGCAGGCUGUGCCAGCACAUUGACGUGAGCACCGUCGCGACCACGCUGGCCUUGGCUGAGCAGCACUGCUGCCAAGGGCUUAAGGAGGCAUGCUUUGCGUUUCUCAAGUCUCCGAAAACGCUGGAUGAGGUCAUUACAACCGAUGGGUUCCGGCAUCUGGCGAAAAGCUCCCAUUGUGCUUUGUUUGAGUUGAGGUCAAAGCUUGCUCAGCGUUGA